AUUACUAUAGGCCAUAUUGAUGAAUGCCACUAUGUAUCAACCACUGCCUUACAAUCAAGUGCCUCCAUUUCAAUGUGCAAUGAAUUAACAAAUGAUACUCAGUCAUCAAUAAAUAAGCAUUUUAUUAUGUCUGUAUAUAACACUGGAUGACAUUUUUUACAGUGCAAGACAACAAUCCAUGACCACAAAGAUCUAUUUCAAAAAUGUCUUAUGUCUGUUAUCAUUUCAAAUUCACAGUGUUUUCGCAAAAAAUAGAUAAAUGUGAUUAAUAAAUCUCAAUGAUAAACCUGAUGAUAACGUACUUGAGAAAAUGUGAAAUUGUGAUAAUUCUGUAACAAACUUCUUUGCAAACUUUGUCAUUACCAUUCAACCCAAAACUGUCAGUGAUUUUUCCUUUUCACUCAAACUUAAAAACAAAUGAAAACCUUAUACAGAUCACACUUAUUGACAUCACAGUGUUACUAAAAACACUACUAUAACACAGACCGUUAGCUGUAAUAACACUGAACAAACUUACAACAACAUCCUCCUUUCUCAUGCAUUUUGUUGCUUUUCUUCUGCAUGAGUUAAUUCAGACUAAGUAUUAGCCUCCACAGAGGAGGGGGGAGGGGUGCGAGAGGUAAACUAUAUCUAUGCAAUCCCGUAUCCGACUGGGCCCCGGUAAGUUCCACGUAGUGGUUCUAGUUCACACUAAGCUACUUACUUCUUAUUGAAUUCAUCUUACCAUUGCAUUACUUCAUUCACGCGCGUCUUUUUUACAGUUUGACCUGGCAACGAAUAGCUUUGUUUUUCAGUCACAACAAAGGAUCAAUGUAACUUUUUCAUACCAACCCUAACUUUAAUUUUGAGGAUGACGUAUCGGUCUUAAAGAAUCAUGACUGAUUUGGCUGAUGACUUUGCAGGUUUAUCGUUAAAGGAUGUUGCGGGAAAUAGGUUCGCAUUAUUAAACGAAAUCCAGGAACAAGUCUGUUCUGCAAUCAGCACUCUUCACAGUGGAAAAGAUCUGUUAUCAAUAAAGAAGGAUGCUCAAUACAUCUUGGAGCAAGUCAACAAGAACCUAGAUUUGAUCAAGGCUUCAUGCAAGGAAGAAGGUACUAAUCGACACUUGGCGGUUAGCGGAUUUUAUACAUUGUCUGGUGGUUGGAUCAUGCCUUGGGGGGUACUCCUGGGAAUUUUUGGCGAGGGUGUGCCGCCCAGUUCUCCAAAUGCCGACUCUAUUUCGGACAAAAAAAUGCCACUUUUCACACCCUUAUUUAGACCUGGUCUUUAAGAAAUUAUGUCAUUAUUACUUAAAUUAGAACAACAACAACAAAAAAGUGUGAGCCCAGUUUCCCGGGGUACUCCCAUACAUUACCUAUACGGGUAUGUGGCGCCCAAAGGGGUCGUGAUUUUGAAGCUCCUGAUUUAGAACGGGGUAUCCAUUUCAGAGGCGUUUUCUAGAACGGGGUAUAAUAUUUCGAAUGCACGAAAGCUCCACUUUUGUAAGCAGCUAUUUGAAAGUAUUCAAGGACAGAUUGCUUUUAAAAAUACGGUUCAAUGCGUUAACAAGCAAACUGUUGUACUCUUGUUGCACCCAAGAACGGAGUAUAAAAAAUUGGCCCAUUUCUAGAACGGGGUAUCAGUUUUAGGGCGAGUACUAGAACGGGGUAUGAAAAAUUGGCCCAUGUCUAGAACGGGGUAUCAAUUUUAGGGGAUAUUUUUUCUAGAACGGAGUGCCAAUUUGGAGUCCCGGGCGGCACAUACCCACCCAAAAAAUACCCAAGAACCCCCUUCCAGCCCAGGGUCAGUCCAUCAGAUUUAAGUGGCUUUAAAUGACACGUAAAUCAUACAUUCAUAUUACAACAAUCUGUAGUGUUUCAUUCAUUUAUUAGUCAUUAUUUUGCUGCAAUAUAUCAUGUUCUAAAAAGGUAUCCAGAGAUUGAACUUGUGAUAGUCAGGUAAAUUCCUUGUCCUUUCCAGAGGAGAGCGGAUGAGGGCUUUGUCUUUGUCGGAAUUUUAAAAAAAGGGGGAUAGCGAUGAGUUGUAAAGAAACUAUUACAGUUCUGCAAUUUCUCAGUUAACAUUUCGUGUAUCGAACACCUAGGCAAGGUGGUCUACUCUGUAAGAGCGGUUGGAAGGUCGGUGGUUAGGUUACCUGGUCCCUGGUCUCUCCACCAUCGUCACUGUCAUGUUGCUUACAUUAGACAAGAAACUUAAGGUGGCUCCGUCAUUUAUACUAGAGCAUUUAGCUGUGACAAAUUUUCCAUCAUAACUUUUUUGGUUUUAACGCGAUGGCUGCAAAACCAUUGCAAAAAACAACAGGAGUUAUUCGGUAAUACAAUAUGAACUAUUCCGAUUUUAUUGAUGCUAUAUAUUUCUUGAGAAAUUAGUGCUUAAAAGGACCCUACUGUUCAAAGAAAAUCGCGUCUAGUAAAAAAUUUUGCUGAUAUUUUUACUGAAUUUUGUGCUAUUGGUUUUUAUUGAUAUAAUAAAUAUUCCAGCGAGAUUUCAGAAAAAUCUUUGGAGCAGAAGUCUGUAACUAAAAGUCACUCAAAAUUCAGCUGUGAAAUUGUUGUGGAAUUUAAAACGUUAAUUACUAUCACGUAGAAGGAGCCACCAGUUCAAAUUUUCGGGACAAGUAUAUUCAAUGUUUGCUAAUUCUGAAAACAAAAACCAAUUGCCUAUUGUGCUAUUCUUUAAAUGGUACUUUUUAGUUUAAGAAGCAGUAUAAAUUGCUCCAAACCUUGUUCUGACGUCGAAUGCUUUGUUUCUCAACAUUUUUAAAGUAUCCCUUAGCAGUUUUGGCUCAAACUCCGGCUACAUACAUUUCGAUGUAUUGCAAUGCAUCCUCGAUGGCUUUUCCUGCAUUACAUUGCUUCCAAUUCAUGAAAAAGACGUCUGAUGUUUGUUCUCUGAUGUCUAAUGUCAGACGUCUGAUAUGGGAUGUCUGCUGUCAUAUAAUUUUUUUAUCAGACGUCUGAUUUUAUAUGUUAUGUUAUGUAACUGUUAUCAGACGUCUGAUGUCUGAUUUUCUGUUAUGUUAUAUAACUGUUAUCAGACAUCUGAUGUCUAAUAUCAGACGUGUGAUAACAAUUAUAUGGUGUCAGACUUCUGAUAACAGUUAUAUGUCAGCAGACGUCUGAUAUCAGACAAAUAACAUCAGAAGUCUAAUAACAGUUAUAAAACAGCACACGUCUGAUGUCAAACGUCUGACAAGAGUUAUAUGACAGCACACGUUUGAUGACAAACCUUCUGACAUCAGAUGCCUGAUGUCUGAUAUCACACGUCUGAUAUGACAUCAGACAUCUGAUAACAGUUACAUGACAGCAGAUGUCUGAUGUCAGAUGUCUGCUGUCAUAUAACUGUUAUCAGAUGUCUGAUGUUAUAUAUUUAGCAAUUAUUCGCCGAAGGCGAAGUUAAUAUUGUUGAAUAAUCCUCAGGAUGAAGUCAAGGGGAUUAUUCAACAAUAUUAACUGAGCCUGAGGUUUUAAUUGUUUUAGUAUAUUCACACGUAAUGUCAGUCGUCUGAUGUUUGUUGCCUGAUGUCAGACGUCUGACAUGAGACGUCUGAUGUCAUAUGUCUGAUACCAGAUGUCUGAUAUCAGAUGUCACAUGUCUGAUAUCAGACGUUUGAUGUCUGAUGUCACGUCUGAUGUCAGACGUUUGAUGUCUGAUGACAGACGUCUUAUGUCAUAUGUCUGAUGUCUAAUGUCAGAUGUCUGAUGUUUGUCUGAUGUCAUCAGAUGUCUGAUGAUAGACGUCUGAUGUCAUAUGUCUGAUAUCAGUCAUCUGAUGGCAGACGUCUGAUAUUAGAUGUACGAUGUAAGAUGACUGAUGUUGUUUGUCUGAAGUCAGAUGUCUGGUGUCAGAUAUCAGAUGUCAGACAUCCGAUGUCAUUUUUAUACAAGAGUUUUGAGCGGCACAAAAAUUGAAAUUUCUAGAGUGGGGGAUUUUGUUAGGUCUUACUACCAGCCCUUGGUUUUUUUUUUUAGUUUUGAUUAUAUCCUCUUUCAAUCUUUCCUGCCACUCACACUUCCGAGUUUCACUCCUAUAGGACUGAGGAAGGGUACUCUCUUAUAUAAACUAUAUAAGCAUGCCUGUUCCCACCCACAGGGAGAGUGAGUCAGAAGGAAUUAGCAUCAUGGGAGCGACUUGGAGAGGGAGGGUUCUCAAGUGUUUACAAAGCAAAACUCAAAGGCAAUGAUGUAGCUGUCAAGGUUCUGAAAAAUCUCAAGGAAACCAAGUCACUGCUUACAGAGGGAAAUCUCCUAAGGUAGUUCUACUCAUGAUUCUCAGAGGUUACUCAAUUUCUCAGCUACAGAAGGUGGAAAAUAUUGUUUUGGUUUUACGAUCAGGCAUUUGUGGAUUUUAUCACAUGGGGAAGAUUAACUUAACCUGUUAUCAAGUAUUUCAGGGUAUUGAAAUUCUGUUAAUUAUUAAUAUGGUGGUAUCCGUAGUGUACUACUCUACACAGAGCAGGCCAGAAGUGUUGGAAAAUACUAUAAUGCUAACAGAAAAAUAUUAGAAAUACACCCUAAGUUGAAAGAAGUGUAGUUGUCAGUAUAGUGCUGAAAUUAUUAGUCAUUUCAUCUGAAAGUACCCUGAACAUCAGCAUGAUAAUUAUGCAUUUUUUACGUAAUAAUUAUUGCCCCUGUUUAGUAUAAAGCUUCAUGUUUUCUAACUAAUUGUCCUAAUUAGUAUUUUUCUUUGUAUUUCAACAGGGAUCUUCGUCAUUACAACAUUGUUGCAUUUAGAGGAAUGAAUAUUUUGCAAAGUGAUAUUGUACACGAGAAAUUUACUCUAAAAGCAGGCAGUCCUUUCCUAGUAAUGGAAUACAUCCCUAAGAAUCUGUACAGAUUUGUGGAAGAUCACAAAACUCCUGAAUCUCAGGGACUUCCCAGAAGUCAGGUGUGGACUAUUGGCAGAGGAAUGGCUAACGGUUUGAUGUACCUGCAUGGUUUGAAUCCACCCAUAAGCCACAGAGACUUGAAGCCUGACAAUAUUCUGGUAAGUCUCUCUCUUUUUAAGACUAUGUUGUUAUUUCUCUUUUUGGGUAAAGACUGUGUGAUUGGUCCAUUAGAUCCACUGAAUUCUGAGACUUUCUAUAGGUAUUUCUGAUUGCUGUUGAUGAGACAAUGCUCUUAGAGAUGAAAGUGGCGAAUGCUUCCUGGUGGGCACUCCCCCAUAAAAGUGAUGGGAGCCUUCCCCCCCCCCUCAUUCUGAUCAAGUUUGACAAUGUAAGUUUUGCAAUGAUGGCAUAAAAAUGUGCCAAAAAGUGAGCUUCACAUUUAUCAAGUAAGGGGUAUCCAACAAUGAAUGAAUCCUUUUUUCAAAUUUUCUUGAAUGAAUGAAUGCCUCCAUGGUGUGAUUUGUGCAUGCUGCAGAAGGAAAUGAGUCCAGGGAUGUGGUAUAUUAUUUUUAUAAGCCAUGUGGUUAAAUGAGUUAUAAUUUGAGGUUUGUUCAUUUGACUGCAUUAUUAGCUGGAUGUCAGGGGUUUGAAGGUUAAAUUAGCGGACUUUGGUUUGUCACGGACAGUAGAAAGAACUGGAAAUGAUCUCUCUUUAUUCCAUGCACGCUGGACAGCUCCUGAGGUUUGGGAAGAGUACAUGUACUUUGAUGAAGAGCCUAUAGAAGGUAAAGGUCCAUGAAAACACAAAUUGUCAAUGCACUUAUUUACAUUUCAUUAAAAUUAUAUAAAGGUGUUCCUGAAUUUUUUUGUUUUGUAAAAUUGCUGAUGAUAUCAAACGCAGACCACAAUUUUUGGGCAACACUGUUUAUUGACUAGCAAAUCAGACUUGAGAUCAAUAAAUGAAAUCACUGGGGGUGGAGUGGGUGGGAAAAAGUUGACAAGCUCCAAACUGGCUGAAAACGCCUAAGUGAUCUGGAAGACGAUCUGCUGAGGCAGCUACUAUGGACAGCUAAGGGGCAUGUUCUCAUUUGGUAAUUACCCAUCAUCACCUUGGGUGAUUUUGGUUCUCUGAAUUGUAAUAAUAGUGCACCAAAUAACUGUAGGAAAACGUGCUACAACAAUCAGUCAAUAAAAAUAUUUCUAUUUAAAAUACUUUCAGCUGAGAAUGACUAUGUUGGAAUUGGAUUUAAUAUUUUAUUCUAAAUUACUACUUCACCUCCAGAAAAUGAGGCUCUUGAAGACCAGCCCACGGAAGAUUUCACAGAUAACCAAGACGAUGAGUUAUUUUUCCUGCGUGCUGACAUCUACUCUUAUGGACAAGUGGUAACUUACACUUUAACAGGAAAGAUGCCAUGGCAUGGCCGGAACUCUGUGAGUGUAGAAGAAAUUCAAAAUAAUAUGAUUCAGUCUCUUGAUCAGGUUGAGAUUCCUGAGAAACUGAGUGAAAAACUGACGAGUGUUAUUCUUGACUGUCGCCUGGAAGACCCACAAGCACGUCCUACAGCUGAUAGAUUAGUUCUAGAUUACUUUUGUGGUAAGGGCAUCAUUUUAUUGAUUUAUAUUUAACUGUGAUACUGCUUAAGGAUAAUGAUCUUGACCACAGAUGUGAUCCUUAAAGGUCGUUUUGCCAGUGUCCUGUUCGCUAAUAUCUUAAGUUGUUUUGCUAAUGUGUUAACUCAUUUUCCCAACUUUUAUCACCUGAUUAAUGGCUUAAAGAGGGAGGUAUACAAAUGUGUAUCGACCUUUUUUGUCAUGGCUGCAACAGUGAGGUAUAUACUCAGGGUUUUCAUUAAGAAUUGAAAUUUCUAGAGUAGGGGAUUUUGUUAAGUCUCACUACCAGCCCCUAGUUUUUUUUUUUUGAGUUUUGAUUAUGUCCUCUUUCAAUCGUUCCUGCCACUUUCACUUCCUAGUUCCACCCCUGUAGGACUUGAACCAGGGGGAGGGUACUCUCUUAUAUAAACUAUAUGGGCCUGCCUGUCCCCACCCCUGGAGGAGUGUAUUGCUGCCAGAGUUGUAUUAGGUUUAAAGAAGUUUGACCAUAUCUCCCACGGACGGAGAUCUCUUAAAUGGUUAGAUGUUACGGAGAAGGUUCUAUUUAGUGACUUAGUUUUAGUAUUCAAAUGUGUAAAUGACUUAGCUCCAGAUUAUUUAGGUAAAUAUUUUAUUAAACGUUCAGCUGUUCACAACAAGAACAGUCAAGGGGAUGUAACAAUUUUGUGGUCCCUUGAUGUAGACUAUCAGUGGGACAAAGGGCAUUUUAUUUUCGGGGUCCAAAGGAAUGGAAUGGGCUACCUGACAAUAUUAAGAACACUAAAGAUAUUGAUAGUUUGAAGUGGAGACUUUUUAAUAAGAUAUUUCAUACGAAAUAAUUUUGAAUAUAUUUUGAAUAAUUUUGAAUGUAUUUUGAAUUUAAUUGAACUACUGUAAAUAAGUUUUCUUUUCUCAAUUAUCAGUAUUAUGUAACAAUUAACAUUGUGACUGAAAAGACCUGUUGAAGGGAGUCUCAAUAAAGUAUGUAUGUAUGUAUAUAUGUAUUCUCUGAGGGUAUUCUCUUAUAUAAGCUAUAUAGGCAUGCAUGUCCCCACCCCUGAGUGAGGGUACUCUAUUAAAAAAGCUAUAUAUAUUCUCUUAAAUAAGGUGUAUAGGUAUGCCUGUCCCCACCCCUUUAGGACUUGAAUCUGGGAUGUCCAGUACCCUAUUACCACUCAACCAUGUUUGUCAAAUAUUGCAACAUCAUCAGGGUUGAGGAGUACAGGGAGAGUGAGUCAGAAGGAAUUAACAUCAUGGGAGCAACUUGGAGAGGGAGGGUUCUCAAGUGUUUACAAAGCAAAACUCAAAGGCAAUGAUGUAGCUGUCAAGGUUCUGAAAAAUCUCAAGGAAACCAAGUCACUGCUUACAGAGGGAAAUCUCCUAAGGUAUUUCUACUCAUGAUUCUCAGAAGUUACUCAGUUUCUUAGUUACAGGAGAUGAAGAAUUUUGUUUUGGUUUGGCAAUCAGGCAUUUUUGGAUUUUAUCACCAGGGGAAGAUAAAAUUAAUCUGUUAUCAAGUACUUCAGGGUGUUAAAAAUUCUGUUAACUAUUAAUAUGGUGGUAUCUGUAGUGCACUACUACUCCACACAGAGCCGGCCAGAAAUGUUGGAAAAUACCAUAAUACUAACAGAAAAAUAUUAGAAAUACACCCAACACUGAAAGAAGUGUAGUUAUCAGUACAGUUGUAUAGUGCUGAAACUAUGAGUCAUUUCAUCUGAAAUUACCCCUGAACAUCAGCAUGAUAAUUAUGCAUUUUUUGUCACUUAUUAUUGCUCCUGUUUUGUAUAGCUUGGUUCAUUUUUUCUAACUAAUUGUGCUCAUUAGUACGUCUCUUUGUAUUUUAACAGGGAUCUUCGUCAUGACAACAUUGUUGCAUUUAGAGGAAUGAAUAUUUUGGAAAGUGAUAUUGUACAUGAGAAAUUUACUCUAAAAGCAGGCGCUCCUUUCCUAGUGGUGGAAUACAUCCCUAAGAAUCUGUACAGAUUUGUGGAAGAUCACAAAACUCCUGAUUCUCAGGGACUUCCCAGAAGCCAGGUGUGGACUAUUGGCAGAGGAAUGGCUAACGGUUUGAUGUACCUGCAUGGUUUGAAUCCACCCAUAAGCCACAGAGACUUGAAGCCUGAUAAUAUUCUGGUAAGUCUUUCUCUUUUUAAGACUUUGUUGCUAUUUCUCUUUUUGAGUAAAGACUGUGUGAUUGGUCCAUUAGAUCCACUGAAUUCUGAGACUUUCUGUGGGUAUUUCUGAUUGCUAUUGAUGAGACAAUGCUCUUAGAGAUGAAAGUGGUGAACGCUUCCCGGAGGGCACUCCCCUAUAAAAGUGAUGGGAGCCCCCCCCCCCUCCCCGGGGAACACUUUACCAUUCUGAUCAAGUUUGACAAUGUAAGUUUUGCAAUGAUGGCAAAAGAAUGUGCCAAAAAGUGCACUCUACAUUUAUUAAGUAAGGGGUAUCCAACAAUGAAUGAAUCCUUUUUUCAAAUUUUCUUGAAUGAAUGAAUGCCUCCAUGGUGUGAUUUGUGUAUGCUAGAGAAGGAAAUGAAUCCAGGGAUGUGGUAUAUUAUUUUUAUAAGUCAUGUGGUUAAAUGAGUUAUAAUUUGAGUUUUGUUCAUUUGAUUGCAUUAUUAGCUGGAUGUCAGGAGUUUGAGGGUUAAAUUAGCAGACUUUGGUUUGUCACGGACAGUAGAAAGAACUGGAAAUGAUCUUUUGUUAUUCCAUGCACGCUGGACAGCUCCUGAGGUUUGGGAAGAUUACAUGUACUUUGAUGAAGAACCUAUGGAAGGUAAAGGUCCAUGAAAACACAGAUUGUCAACGAACUUAUUUACAUUUCAUUAAAAUUAUAUAAAGGUGUUCCUGAAUUUUUUGUUUUGUAAAAUUACUAAUGAUAUCAAACACAGACCACAAGUUUUGGGCAACUCUGUUUAUUGACUAGCAAAUCAGACUUGAGAUCAAUAAAUGAAACUACUGGGGGUGGAGUGGGUGGGAAAAUGUUGACAAGCUCCAAACUGGCUGAAAAAGCGUAAGUGAUCUGGAAGAUGAUCUGUUGAGGCAGGUACUAUACGGACAGCUAAAGGGCGUGUUCUCAUUUGGUAAUUACCCUUCAUCACCUUUGUUGAUUUGGGUUCUCUGAAUUGUAAUAGUGCACCAAAUAACUGUAGGAAAAUGUACUACAACAAUCAGGCAAUAAAAAUAUUUCUAUUUAAAAUACUCUCAGCUGAGAAUGACCAUGUUGGAGUUGGAUUUAAUAUUUUAUUCUAAAUUACUACUUCACCUCCAGAAAAUGAGGCUCUUGAAGACCAGCCCACAGAAGAUUUCUCAGAUAGCCAAGACGAUGAGUUAUUUUUCCUGCGUGCUGACAUCUACUCUUAUGGACAAGUGGUAGCUUACACUUUAACAGGAAAGAUGCCAUGGCAUGGCCGGACCUCCGUGAGUGUAGAAUUAAUUCAGUUAUAUCAUCAGGUUGAGAUUCCUGAGGAACUGAGUGGAAAACUGAGGGGUGUUAUUCUUGACUGUUGCCUGGAACGCCCAGAAGCACGUCCUACAGCUGAUAGAUUAGUUCUGGAUUACUUUAGAGGUGAGGCCAUCAUUUUAUUAAUUUUUAUUAUAUCUACCAAUGAAAUACCAGGUGAGCUUUGCAAAAACUUGAUAUCUUCACAUGUGAAAAUAACAUGUGAUUGUUAUCUUUACACGUUAAAAUGUCACUGUUGCUUUGGCUACAUAAUAAAUCGCGCCUUUCACACCAAAAAACUAUUAAAGUGUAAUGGUUUGGUAUUUCAUUGGUGUUUAUAUAAUAAACAGAACAUUACAUGGCCGCUUGGAGAUACAAAAUUUCUCUUCUCGUAUUGAAAAAAUAUUUCACUAAUUUGCUGUGCUUACUCGUGAAAUAUUUUUCAACACUGAAAGAGAAAUUUCAUAUCUCUGCACGGCAAUGUAAUAUCCUCUAUAUAUUUAACUGUGAUGCUACUUAAGGAUAAUGAUCUUAACCACAGAUGUGAUCCUUAAAAGUCGUUUUGCCAGCGUCCUGUUCGCUAAUAUCUUAAGUUGUUUUGCUAAAGUGUUAAUUCAUUUUCCCAACUUUUAUCACCUGACUGAUGGCUUAAACAAGAGGUAUACAAAUGUGUAUCGACUUUUCUUGUCAUGGCUGCAACAAUGAGGUAUAUACUCAGGGUUUUCAUUAAGAAUUCUAGUAAUAGUCAUAGGCUAUGGAUUUUUAGCUGGAGAAUUCUGUGUAGUCAAUGGAGAAUUCUCCAAUCUCUGAUGCCUAAUGAACACCCUAUGUACUUGCAUAGCACUCGUUUUGUUUCAUAAGCCUAAAACACCAAUGAAAGGGUUGUUAGCAAAAUGACACAUAGGCCAAACAACUGGACACCACUUUUUCCAUCAGCCCAACUGAUUGAAAAACAACCUGAAAAAAGUCAGGCUUGUCCUGGAUCCUUGCCAUGACCAAGCACAGCAUUUUUAACCCAGAGAUAAAGCAGCUAAUCAGGUUGUAUUCUGUGUUGGUUAUUUCCCUGCGUAAGUUUUUUUCUCAUGUCUCUUUCAGCUUCUAAGGUUCAUCAUUAGCAGUCAUCUGUUUAAUCCCCUAGUCACAUUAUGUGAUUUAUUUAAUUUACUACCAUAUUUAGCAUCAUUUUGAUUAAUUUUUAAAAUAAUCUAGUAUUUCAUUACACCCAUAAAUUAUGUCAUUUUAUGUUUGUCGUAGGUGAUAUGAAUCCUUAUCAAGCUGAAGCUAAAAGUGCUGAAUUCUUCUCAUGUGGCUUCCUUCAGCACACUUCUAUUUUUGUUGCAGAGAGCUUGGUUGAUGAGGUAAAGAUUAGGCUUAAUUCUGAGGCACAGUUGAGUGACACAAAUUUUCCUACCCAGCUUAUCCUGCAUUACUAAACAGGGCUAACCCCUGGGUAAAAGGGUCAUUUAUUGAAGUAAAGGUACCCUAAUACUUUAAAAAAAGGGGUUUAAAAUGAAUGGUCACGCCCAAGAAUUUUGUCUAGUGAGUCAAAAGUUAGAACCACUUUUUACAGCAUCAAAAACACCACUAAAAAAGUGCUGCUUUCAUUGUUAUGGUCACACUUUAGGAUUUCUUCCACAGACUCAAAAGAACCACCCUGUUCAGCAUAAACAAUACCACAGGAAACUGCUGCUCAGUAGCUUUCAUUUGGAUGGUCGCACUUAAGGAUUUUAUCCACAAACUGAAAAGGUACAAGUACCUUAAUACAUGACUCAAUAAUUGACCCAGGAAGUGGAAUGGUAACUGUAUCAAUUAUUCCAUUUAAUUCAUUGCAAUUUUGCCCUGAGUCUAGUUUUGCUGCUUUUCAAUCAAUUAGUCCAGUGAAGGAUUCUUCAAGACUGGAGUGCGUCCCCAGGGAUUUCCUGCUCAGUGUCUUUUGUGCAAAGUGGAAGUGGGAAAUAAAGAAUAUAACGACGUUCCCAAAGAAUGGACAUACGAGCAAAAAUACCGGGAGUAUUAUGGUCACUUUAGACAGGUAUAGAAAUAAACAUACACUACAUACCAGGACAGCCUACCUGGCUGUAGCAUGUAUCUUAGGCGUUUUAACGGGAAGUGGGAAAGGAACAAACUGGGACGCGCGAGAACGCAAGGGGCACUCGAGGAAAAGGUUCUCCUACUUUCUCCCUCGCGUGCGCCCGAUUUUUCCUUCCCGUCUCUCGAACCCCUGUGGUACAGGACGUCAGCAGUACACUCGAGGAAGCCUCCCUGUCCACAGGGUUUUUCACAAAGAAACCUUUUUUAAGGGAAAAGUCCUAGUAGCCUGCGUAGCAGGCGCUUGCAGGUAAUGGUCGCAAGAAAGAUCGGGGCGCGCGAGGGAGACACAUUUUGGGAGAUUGAAGACAGAUCUCCAGUAACGUAAGAAAACAAAACUCUGCGCGAAGCUUUCUCAGCCACAGCAGAAUAGCAACACCUUAAUUUCCAAAUAGAGUUUUCUAUGGUGGCCCACUAACACCAUAGCAAUUUUGCACUUUUUUGGUGAAAUUUUGACAUUUUCCAUUCUAUUUGCCUUUAUUUUUUCUUUUUAAUUUGUUUUCUUUUGAUUGUUUAAUCUUUUUUAAAAUUUCCUUUCUUUUAAUUAUUUUUAUCUUUUUUAAAAAUUUCUUUUCUUUUGAUAAUUUUUAUCUUAUCUUUUUCAUUCUCCCUUUUUAAACUUUAAUUGUUUCUUCUUACUUUUUAUUUUGAGUUAUUUUGUAAUUUUUAUUUUUAUUUGGUUAUACAAUUUUUUAUUAUAUAAAAAUUUACAAUCAGUGAUCUAAUUUUGAAAAAAAAAAACGGUCUCUAGCCCAGCAACGCCAUAGACCAGAAUUCCUCACGCGUAACGAAGCCUUCCUUUUGCGCUUUUUCUCACUUCAGUGAAUCGCCCGUGCCAUAUUUCUGCGUGCAGACAGAUUGCCUGCAAGGUAUAACUGACAUAGACUAUGGCGUCGUAAUACCAUUGAGUGGUUUUUUGUUUUGCAUGUCUAGGCGGUCAUCGAUAAGACGAUAGGAAACCUUCCCUCCAUUGCGCUUAAAUCUUUGAUCACUUCCCGAGAGGACGAGGAGGAGCGACAGGAAAUCCAGCUUUCAUUUGGCCAGACAACAUACUGUCAUCACAGGGCCGUAAGAGAGAUCUGGAGGAAACUAGAGGAGUCUAAAAAAAGAGAGCUUGUCGUGUGUAAGAAUACGGUACAUCCUGUUUUUAGCACCUCAUUUGAGCUCCAUGUGGCAGUGCUUACGGCGGACAAACCGCAGAAAUUUAUAUUUGCAAGAAGAUCUAAUCGAGGUGAGUUAUUUUAGGGGACAGACUCGAGACAUUCUGUCCAAUUUUUGGCGCUCAACUUUAUGUCCUCGCUUGCCUGAAAAUGUUUUGCGCUGUCCCCAGGGUCCUUUUCCAUUCACAGGGAUUUGUAGGGAAAACCAACCUGGGAACUAGGUCGAAAUUUGAAGGUAGGCAUUCGACAAAGGUUACUGGUCGUUUCGCCCCUCGUUCUAUAAGCCAGAAAGCAAAACAAGCACGCUUCAAAUAUAAUAUUCCUCGUUCUAGAAAAGGGGGGCUAUUUCAUUUUUAAGCGCGCUAAAUAACUCGAGAUAGGGGGCUAAGUAACCGUGGCGAAAUGACCUGUUACCUCGACGAAUGCCUAAUUUCUGUUGCGAACUCUUUCGAGUAUGUUACCGUUUCCUUAGUAACUGCUGAUCAGUUAUAAUACGUGCUGACAAUAAAAUUAACCAAUCAGAUCUCAGAUCAAUCAGGUGUACCUGGUGCCAAAAAGCGCGGGAAAAGGCGUGGGAGCUAGUAACGAGGCUUUAGGCACGAGAUUUUCAGCCAAUCAAAAAGCGUAGCAAUUCAAGGUUAAAGGCGUAGACAUCGGCAAUAACUUAACAAUAACUUAAGUAGUGAAUACACAAAGAGAGGUAGAUCAAAGAUAGUUUGACAGUGGUAAUAGUCUUAAUUUCUUUCGAAAUUGUCCUCUAGAUUGUAGUGUUUUUAUUUCCUGCGGCAACGACUACCAUAAUCUAUUUCCGGUAAAUUGAACAGAAAAUUGUUGCCAUAAUUUGUGGAGAUCUUAGGAAGAGUAAGACGUAUUCAGUUUUUGCUUUUUCCUUAAUUGCUUGACAUGGUUUCCCCGGCAUUUGGUUUUAGAGGGAGUGACAACUCCCGGCAAAUUCACUUGUGGAGCCGUGGAAAGCGCUUCAGUAAAGGACUAUGUCUACAAAGAUGGCGAAGGUUACGUGGACCUAAUCCAGACAGCCGCGCGAGGACUGGAGGAAGAACUUCGUGUCGAGUUGAAAGGAAGCGAUAUCGAGGCUCUUUGCCUCAAAGCCGUAUACCUCAAGUUCGACACGCACGAGUGGGGUUGUUGUGGCUACGUCGACCUGUCGGAUCCCCGAGUCUCGCCCGAACGUCGACUGACGUUCGAGCAGUUAGGCUCUAGGUUCACCACAGGCCCAAAGGACAAGUUCGAGCACGAAGAAUUGGUUGCUGUGGACUUUGAACUUUCGAGGAUGGUCGAGUUCGUUCGGGAGAAUUACGAGGAUUUUGCCAGCUCUGCUAAGCUGGUGGUAGUGAAAGUUUUGCAAUCGUUUUUUGGAGUUGCUGCUGUGGAGAGAGCCUUUCGUGUUUACAUGGAUGAUCGAGAGAGCGUUUCCCAAAAUGCUGGUUCGUAAAUUUAAGCCACCUCGUUGCGGGAACGGGUCAAAAAUGUUUUAGGAGCAACUAAACGAAAUGAAAAUCUCACACGGGAAAUUUGUACCCUUGAUUUAUUUGUUAAGAAGGUUACAUCAAGUAAAUGACAUUUUCGCAAUUUAGCUAGAAAACAACAGAUUACUGAACUAAGGAACAGAUUUUAAGGGAGGCUACGGCUCACUGCUGAUACAAUCUUCUUCCCAGUUUUACAACGACCCCGGCUAAAAAUAAUUAUGUUCAAUUGUAAAAGAAAUUGUAGAAAUGGCUUAUUCGAGAAAACUCCCUCCUCAAAUGAUAAGAGCUGCAUGGUAGCGAAGAAUACCAUACUUUAAAUGAAAGAAGAUCAUCGCAGUAUAAACGCAACUUUUGCAGUUGCGGAAAGAGAGCCUGAAAAAACAAAGGGCAUUUUAUUUUCGGGGUCCAAAGGAAUGGAAUGGGCUACCUGACAAUAUUAAGAACACUAAAGAUAUUGAUAGUUUGAAGUGGAGACUUUUUAAUAAGAUAUUUCAUACGAAAUAAUUUUGAAUAUAUUUUGAAUAAUUUUGAAUGUAUUUUGAAUUUAAUUGAACUACUGUAAAUAAGUUUUCUUUUCUUUUCUUUUCUCAAUUAUCAGUAUUAUGUAACAAUUAACAUUGUGACUGAAAAGCCCUGUUGAAGGGAGUCUCAAUAGGGAGCUUAAGCAACAACGUUUUUGAGCGCCGCACGUCAACCGGAAGUGGCCUUUUUUCAUUUUUUGACGGUGGUUUCGCGCAAAUUUUCAGUCAAAUCGCCUCUAUAAUAGUAAAGAAGCUAAGGAAUACAAAUUUUAUAUCAUCAAGGCAUGUUAAGAGGGAAAAUACCUCACUUCCGGUUGACGUGCGUCGCUCAAAAACGUCGCUGCUUAAGCUCCCUAAUAAAGUAUGUAUGUAUGUAUAUAUGUAUUCUCUGAGGGUAUUCUCUUAUAUAAGCUAUAUAGGCAUGCAUGUCCCCACCCCUGAGUGAGGGUACUCUAUUAAAAAAGCUAUAUAUAUUCUCUUAAAUAAGGUGUAUAGGUAUGCCUGUCCCCACCCCUGUAGGACUUGAAUCUGGGAUGUCCAGUACCCUAUUACCACUCAACCAUGUUUGUCAAAUAUUGUAACAUCAUCAGGGUUGAGGAGUACAGGGAGAGUGAGUCAGAAGGAAUUAACAUCAUGGGAGCAACUUGGAGAGGGAGGGUUCUCAAGUGUUUACAAAGUAAAACUCAAAGGCAAUGAUGUAGCUGUCAAGGUUCUGAAAAAUCUCAAGGAAACCAAGUCACUGCUUACAGAGGGAAAUCUCCUAAGGUAUUUCUACUCAUGAUUCUCAGAAGUUACUCAGUUUCUUAGUUACAGGAGAUGAAGAAUUUUGUUUUGGUUUGGCAAUCAGGCAUUUUUGGAUUUUAUCACCAGGGGAAGAUAAAAUUAAUCUGUUAUCAAGUACUUCAGGGUGUUAAAAAUUCUGUUAACUAUUAAUAUGGUGGUAUCUGUAGUGCACUACUACUCCACACAGAGCCGGCCAGAAAUGUUGGAAAAUACCAUAAUACUAACAGAAAAAUAUUAGAAAUACACCCAACACUGAAAGAAGUGUAGUUAUCAGUACAGUUGUAUAGUGCUGAAACUAUGAGUCAUUUCAUCUGAAAUUACCCCUGAACAUCAGCAUGAUAAUUAUGCAUUUUUUUUUCACUUAUUAUUGCUCCUGUUUUGUAUAGCUUGGUUCAUUUUUUCUAACUAAUUGUGCUCAUUAGUACUUCUCUUUGUAUUUUAACAGGGAUCUUCGUCAUGACAACAUUGUUGCAUUUAGAGGAAUGAAUAUUUUGGAAAGUGAUAUUGUACAUGAGAAAUUUACUCUAAAAGCAGGCGCUCCUUUCCUAGUGGUGGAAUACAUCCCUAAGAAUCUGUACAGAUUUGUGGAAGAUCACAAAACUCCUGAUUCUCAGGGACUUCCCAGAAGCCAGGUGUGGACUAUUGGCAGAGGAAUGGCUAACGGUUUGAUGUACCUGCAUGGUUUGAAUCCACCCAUAAGCCACAGAGACUUGAAGCCUGAUAAUAUUCUGGUAAGUCUUUCUCUUUUUAAGACUUUGUUGCUAUUUCUCUUUUUGAGUAAAGACUGUGUGAUUGGUCCAUUAGAUCCACUGAAUUCUGAGACUUUCUGUGGGUAUUUCUGAUUGCUAUUGAUGAGACAAUGCUCUUAGAGAUGAAAGUGGUGAACGCUUCCCGGAGGGCACUCCCCUAUAAACGUGAUGGGAGCCCCCCCUUCCCGGGGAACUCUUUACCAUUCUGAUCAAGUUUGACAAUGUAAGUUUUGCAAUGAUGGCAAAAGAAUGUGCCAAAAAGUGCACUCCACAUUUAUUAAGUAAGGGGUAUCCAGCAAUGAAUGAAUCCUUUUUUCAAAUUUUCUUUAAUGAAUGAAUGCCUCCAUGGUGUGAUUUGUGUAUGCUAGAGAAGGAAAUGAAUCCAGGGAUGUGGUAUAUUAUUUUUAUAGGCAAUGUGGUUAAAUGAUUUAUAAUUUGAGGUUUGUUCAUUUGAUUGCAUUAUUAGCUGGAUGUCUGGAGUUUGAGGGUUAAAUUGGCAGACUUUGGUUUGUCACGGACAGUAGAAAGAACUGGAAAUGAUCUCUCUUUAUUCCAUGCACGCUGGUCAGCUCCUGAGGUUUGGGAAGAUUACAUGUACUUUGAUGAAGAACCUGUAGAAGGUAAAGGUCCAUGAAAACACAGAUUGUCAAUGAACUUAUUUACAUUGACUAGCAAAUCAGACUUGAGAUCAAUAAAUGAAACUACUGGGGGUGGAGUGGGUGGGAAAAUGUUGACAAGCUCCAAACUGGCUGAAAGGGCGUAAGUGAUCUGGAAGACGAUCUGCUGAGGCAGCUACUACGGACAGCUAAGGGGCGUGUUCUCAUUUGGUAAUUACACUUCAUCACCUUGGGUGAUUUUGGUUGUCUGAAUUGUAAUAAUAGUGCACCAAAUAACUGUAGGAAAACGUACUACAACAAUCAGUCAAUAAAAAUAUUUCUAUUUAAAAUACUUUCAGCUGAGAAUGACUAUGUUGGUGCUGGAUUUAAUAUUUUACUCUAAAUUACCACUUCACCUCCAGAGAAUGAGGCUCUUGAAGACCAGCCCACAGAAGAUUUUACUGAUAGCCAAGACGAUGAGUUAUUUUUCCUGCGUGCUGACAUGUACUCUUAUGGACAAGUGGUAGCUUACACUUUAACAGGAAAGAUGCCAUGGCAUGGCCGGAACUCCGUGAGUGUAGAAGGAAUUCAAAAUAAUAUGAUUCAGUCUCUUGAUCAGGUCGAGAUUCCUGAGGAACUGAGUGGAAAACUGAGGAGUGUUAUUCAUGACUGUCGCCUGGAAGACCCACAAGCACGUCCUACAGCUGAUAGAUUAGUUCUAGAUUACUUUAGUGGUAAGGGCAUCAUUUUAUUAAUUUUAUUUUAUAGACACGAGACAGUGUUUUACUCGAAAAUAUACCACUCGUAAAAUUCAUAAAAACUACAUCCAGGACCCUAGUGGUUUAUUUUCCAUAUUCUCACACGUGAGUUUAUUGAUGAUGUAAUUUAGGUAAUUUCCCUCUAUUAUUUUAUCGAUGUCAUUCUGUCUAUAUAAUAAAAAGAACAUUACACGGCGGCUUGAAGAUAUGAAUUUUAUUUUCGAGUAGCAAAACAAUAUUUUACUCACUCGCUGCGCUCGUUCGUAAAAUAUUGUAAAACAGAAAUCGUCGUCAAUUUGUAAACAUUAUCUUAGUGAACAUAACUCGGACGUACCACCUUCUCUUUCAGAACAAUUUCACGUGCUCACUAAAGGUUCUAACAAAUUUGAUUGCCUAAUUAAGGGCCUGUUUACAUGGAGUGGGGGACCCCGGUCUAGUGGGGUUGAUUUCUUUUGUUUUCACGCUCUGGAGGACACAAAACAAAAGAAACCUACGCCACUUAGACCGGGGUCCCCCACUCCAUGUAAACAGGGUCUAAGGAGAUGCUCUUUAUAAGAAAACUCAAACCAUCCCUAAACGUGCAGGUGGAAUCGAUUCGCGCAAAGGUAUUCUCUUGAAGAACUUGUGAUCCUUUGUUAUUAUGCUAAUUUGUAGAGACUAUAGAAAUCGAAUCUUCGCAUUAUUUAUUCAUUUUGCCUUGAGAAUGGUGUCAUGAUGAUACCGAAACGUCGGCUUUUAACGUUUAUAUAUUUUGCAUCAUUUUGAUUAAUUUUUAAAAUAAUCUAGUAUUUCAUUACACCCAUCAAUAAUGUCAUUUUAUGUUUGUCGUAGGUGAUAUGAAUCCUUAUCAAGCUGAAGCUAAAAGUGCUGAAUUCUUCUCAUGUGGCUUCCUUCAGCACACUUCUAUUUUUGUUGCAGAGAACUUGGUUGAUGAGGUAAAGAUUAGGCUUAAAAUUCUGAGGCACAGUUGAGUGACACAAAUUCUCCUACCCAGCUUAUCCUACAUUACUUAACAGGGCUUUCCCCUGGGUAAAAGGGUCAUUUAUUGAAGUGAAGGUACCCAAAUACUGAAAUAGGGGUUUAAAAUGAAUGGUCACGCCCAAGGAUUUUGUCUAGUGACUCAAAAGUUAGAACCACUUUUUACAGCAUCAAAAACAGCACUAAAAAAGGUGCUUUCAUUGUUAUGGUCACACUUUAGGAUUUCUUCCACAGACUUAAAAGAACCACCCUGUGCAGCAUAAACAAUACCAUAGGAAAUUGCUGCUCAGUAGCUUUCAUUUGGAUGGUCACACUUAAGGAUUUUAUUCACAAACUGAAAAGGUACAAGUACCUUAAUACAUGACUCAAUAAUUGACCCAGGAAGUGGAAUGGUAACUGUAUCAAUUAUUCCAUUUAAUUCAUUGCAAUUUUGCCCUGAGUCUAGUUUUGCUGCUUUUCAAUCAAUUAGUCCAGUGAAGGAUUCUUCAAGACUGGAGUGCGUCCGAAGGGAUUUCCUGCUCAGUGUCUUUUGUGCAAAGUGGAAGUGGGAAAUGAAGAAUAUAACGACGUUCCCAAAGAAUGGACAUACGAGCAAAAAUACCGGGAGUAUUAUGGUCACUUUAGACAGGUAUAGAAAUAAACAUACACUACAUACCAGGACAGCCUACCUGGCUGUAGCAUGUAUCUUAGGCGUUUUAACGGGAAGUGGGAAAGGAACAAACUGGCACGCGCGAGAACGCAAGGAGCACGCGAGGAAAAGGUUCCCCUACUUUCUCCCUCGCGUGCGCCCGAUUUUUCUUUCCCCACUCUCGAACCCCUGUGGUACAGGAACGUGAGCAGUGCACUCGAGGAAACCACCCUGUCCACAGGGUUUUUCACAAAGGAACCUUUUCUAAGGGAAAAGCCUUGGUAGCCUGCGUAGCAGGCGCUCAGAGGUAAUGGAAGCAAGAAAGAUCGGGGCGCGCGAGGGAGACACAUUUUGGGAAAUUGAAGACAGGUUUGCAGUAACGAAAGAAAACAAAACUCUGCCCGAAGCUUUCCCAGCCACAGCAGAAUAGCGACACCUUAAUUUCCAAAUAGAGUUUUCGCUUUGAGUCUACUCGCACGCUCUCUCGGUCACCCACUCCUAAACCAAGACAGCUUGCCUGCAAGGUGUAACUACAAUAAACCAUUGACAUAGACUCUGGCGUCGUAAGACCAUUGAGUGUGUUUUUUUUUUUUUUUUGCAUGUCUAGGCGGCCAUCGAUAAGACGAUAGAAGAACUUCCCGCCAUUGCGCUUAAAUCUUUGAUCACUUCCCGAGAGGACGAGGAGGAGCGACAGGAAAUCCAGCUUUCAUUUGGCCAGACAACAUACUGUCAUCACAGGGCCGUAAGAGAGAUCUGGAGGAAACUUGAGGAGUCUAAAAAAAGAGAGCUUGUUGUGUGUAAGAAUAUAGUACAUCCUGUUUUUAGCACCUCAUUUGGGCUCCAUGUGGCAGUGCUUACGGCGGACAAACCGCAGAAAUUUAUAUUUACAAGAAGAUCUAAUCAAGGUAAGUUAUUUUAGGGGACAGACUUGUGGUUUAACAUGACGUGAGACAUUCUCUCUAAUUUUUGGUGCUCAACGUUAUGUCCUCACUUGCCUGAAACUGUUUUGCGCUGUCCCCAGGGCCCUUUUCUAUUCACAGGGAUUUGUAGGGAAAACCUCCCUUGGAACUAGGUCGGCAUUCGACAAAGGUUACCGGUCAUUUCGCCCCGGUUACUUAUUCCUCGUUCUAUAAGCCAGAAAGCAAAACAAGCACGCUUCAAAUAUAAUAUUCCUCGUUCUAGAAAAGGGGACUAUUUCAUUUUGAAGCGCGAUGAAUGACUCGAAAACAGGGGGCUAAGUGACAGGUUACCGACAAAAUGAGCGGUUACCUCGACCAAUACCUUAUUUCUGUUGCGGACGCUUUCGAGUUUGUCACCGUUUCCAUAGUAACUGCUGAUCAGUUAUAAUACGUGCUGACAAUAAAAUGAACCAAUCAGAUCUCAGAUCAAUGAGGUGUACCCGGUUCCAAAAAGCGCGGGAAAAAGCGUGGGAGCAAGUCACGAGGCUUUUGGGGCGAGAUUUUCAGCCAAUCAAAAAGCGUAGCAAUUCAAGGUAAAGGCAAUGACUUAACAAUAACUGAAGUAGUGUGUUUGAAACUAGCAAUACACUAAGAGAGGUUGAUCAAAGAUAGUUUGACAGUUGUAAUAGUUUUAAUUUCUUUUUAAAUUGUCCUCCAGAUAGUAGUGUUUUUAUUUCUUGCGGCAACGACUACCAUAAUCUAUUUCCAGUAAAGCGAACAGAAAAUUGUUGCAUAAUUUGUGGAGAUCUUAGGAAGAGUAAGACGUAUUCAGUUUUUGCUUUAUCCUUAAUUACUUGACAUGGUUUCCCCGGCAUUUGGUUUUAGAGGGAAUGGCAAGUCCCGGCAAAUUCACUUGUGGAGCCGUGGAAAGUGCUUCAGUAAAGGACUACGUCUACAAAGAUGACCAAGCUUUCCUGGACCUGAUCAAGACAGCCACCCGAGGACUGGACGAAGGACUUGGUGUCAAGUUGAAAGGAAGCGAUAUCGAGGCUCUUUGCCUCACAACCGUAUACCUCAAGUUCGACACACACGAGUGGGGUUGUUGUGGCUACGUCGACCUGUUGGAUCCCCGAGUCUCGCCCGAACGCCGACUGACGUCCGAGCAGAUAGAGUCAAGGUUCACCUCAGGCCCAAAGCGCAAGUUCAAGCACGAAAAUCUGGUUGCUUUGGACUUUGAACUAUCAAGGAUGGUCGAGUUCGUACGGGACAAUUACGAGGAUUUUGCCAGCUCUACUAAGCUGGUGGUAGUGAAAGUUUUGCAAUCGUUUUUUGGAGUUGCUGCUGUGGAGAGAGCCUUUCGUGUUUACAUGGAAGAUCGAGAGAGCGUUUCCCAAAAUGCUGAUUCGCAAAUUUAAGCCACCUCGUUCCGGGAAUGGGUCAAAAAAUGUUUAGGACCAACUAAACAAAAUACAAAUCUCACACUUGAAACUUGUACCCUUCAUUUAUUUGUUAAGAAGGCUACAUCAAGUAAAUGACAUUUUCGCAAUUUAGCUAGAAAACAACAGAUUACUGAACUAAGGAACAGAUUUUAAGGGAGGCUACAGCUCACUGCUGGUACAAUCUUCUUCCCAGUUUUACAACGACCCCGGCUAAAAAUAUAUUCAAUUGUAAAAGAAAUUGUAGAAAUGGCUUAUUCGAGAAAACUCCCUCCUCAAAUGAUAAGAGCCGCAUGGUGGCGAAAAAUAACACACUUUAUAUGAAAGAAGAUCAUUGCAGUUAUAAACGUGAAAAGAGAGCCUGAAAAAAAAUUCAUAUCUCAUUAUCAUUUUCAUUUAAAUAAUUGUUUGUUUGUUUAUGUGUCACCUUCAUCACAUUUAUUUAUUUAUAUAUAUAUAUUUUUUUUACUUAGCCCAUAAUGAAAAUGGUUAACUAAAGCAGUGCUG